AUGAGAAGGUAGCACUGGCAUUCCGACACCUCAAACUGCCAGAAGAAUGGAACGUGCUGGGAACAGACCCAGCUUUGAAUGAUGGUGGCCCACGGGAAACAUUAAUGCAUUUUGCCGUGAGACUGGGACUGCUGAGGUUAACUUGGUUUCUGUUACAGAAGCCAGGUGGCAGAGGAGCUCUCAGCAUACACAACAAUGAAGGAGAGACUCCAGCAAGCCUGGCUUUAGAGCGGGGCUAUCAGAAGCUUCAUCGACUUUUGACAGAGGAGAAUGCUGGAGAACCUGACUCCUGGAGCAGUCUGUCCUAUGAAAUACCUUAUGGAGACUGCUCCGUGAGACAUCACCGAGAGUUGGACAUUUAUACGUUGACAUCUGAAUCAGAUGAGGAAUCCCUACACCCCAGAGACAGUCGGACAGGACAUAUUUUUAAACUCAUGAACAUCCAGCAGCAGCUUAUGAAAACAAACCUCAGACAGACAGAGGACCGUAUCCCCUUAAUGAUAACAUCACAGGACCCUCCACCUGCCCACAGUAUCCUGAAUGUUGAUGGCCAGCAUCUUUCCUGCAUUGAGGCUCCCUUAGGAGACCAGCAGCAAUCUUCUUCACUUGGACUUGGAGGCAUGGACAACCCUGACCACAAAGGGGACCCAGUUAGGUUGGAUGAAAAGUCAGAUGAUCUAUCAAGCCUGAUGAGCAAAGGGAACACAGAUUGUUCCUGUAGGAGAAAAGAUAAAGGCCUGGAGAGGAAAGGGGGAGAGUUGGAGCCAGGACUAUUUGUAGUCUCUGAGAUUGUAUCAGAGAAAGACAGAUACCUACAGAGUACACCUGCUAGCGCGAAUAACACAGAAGACCUUCCAUCCUGUGGAAAUAUAAAAGAGGAAACUGGAAUGACAUCUCCUGGAACUGUUUUGGACCAUGAACAUAUGAACAGUGGAGAUGGUGCCACAGGGGAAGUACAUAUCAGUGAGCAGAGCCAAGACCAAAAUGUCCCUGAGCCUGAAGGGGUCACCAAUUCAGAAGCAGAGUGUGCAAUUCCAGAAGCAACAGAAAAGGUGAAAUGUGAUCUCACAAGCCCCAAGGCCACUCUCCAGAGUGUGUCUGAAAUGCAGGAAAGUAAAACCAAUAGACUUAAUAAGAGCUCCAGUGACAGCAAACCUGGAACCCCGGAUAUAGAAAGAUACAGUGACCCUGUGGAGGAGCCCGGUGUUUUAAAUGGCAUUGGCUCUCCAAGUUCCUUAGACAGCAAUGAACAUCUUCAGCCUUCAUCUACAAUUGGUAAAGAAGAAAUCAUUACAAAAGAAACUGUGCCAGGAACUGAAACUUCAAGCAGAAGUAGCAAAGAGAACUCAGAUCCUGUAGCAGAGAACCAGGCGGUUGGGGAUCAACACUCCCUGACCAUUUCAUCUUUAGUAAAAGAGGCCACUAAUCAAGAGGAGGUGUUGGAAGAGUUGGAAAUGGAUUCUUCUUUAACAAGCAUGUGUGAGACACGUUCACCUUCUGAUUCAACUUUUACUAGCCCAGAAAAUGAGCCAAUUUUGAACGAAACAUCAAAAGGCAGCUUAGCUCAAGACCAAGAUCAGGAAAUUGAAUCAACCAUCUGCUGUACGACGGAAGAGGACAAAUUUAGUUUUGAUUCUGUACGUCAACAGAAUUCAGUGACUCCUUGUGGAGACAUGGAAGCAGAGAGCAAGGAUGGUAAACCCGUUCAUUCCAAGGACACUAAGAGGAAUUCACCAAAUGCACCUGUUGAGGUUCAGAUGAAGGAAUCAUGUUUGAGUGAGGGAGUCUCUGAUCCUGAAGGAGAUAACCAGGGACAUGAAGUCCCCUGUUCUACAGCAAUUUUAAAUAAAGAUAACCUAGCCCAAGAUUUAAAACUGGACACUCCUUCACCAUCCAAACAUAAAUCAGUUUCACCUCCUCAUCCAGACUUGGUCGAAGCAAAAGAAAGUUUUACACUGGAUCAGGCAAUGACAUCUGAAGAUAAUUUUACUCAGCCAGACAGGCCCUUGGUUAAGUCAGCAACUGAAGAUGAUGUGAUUUCUUUUGUUCCCCCCCAGCAAGAAAAGGGAACAGCAACUCCUGAAAAAAAGGCAGAAGAAUAUUGCUGUGGCCCAGCACUGGAGCUCUGUGUGCCCAACAAACUGCCGACAGAAGACAGCUCGGUGAGCCUGCCAUCUUUUUUCCCCACUCCUGAUCCUCAGCUAAGUAUGGGAAAUUCCAGUUCUGUAGAAGGGGACAGUGGGGGUGAAGGUCUUAAUGACAAGACAGUGGAUGUGUUAGAAUCAGACUCUUCUACACCCAGUGAAAGGAUGACUGCUUUGCCUGCUGAUUCUGUUUUGUCCAGGGCAGACAAGGAACCAGUGGGGCUAGAAAGUACUGUAGCUCAGGAACAAGAUAAAGAAAAUGAAGCAGCCACUUGUUGUAUAACUAAAGACGAUCUGCUUUGUUCAAUUUCCUUGCCUAAAGAGGAGACGCCACCUCCUGGAGAAGAGACAUCAGAGCUUGGUGAUCAACCUGUCUUAGUCUCAUGCGCUGAGGGCAAAAUACUUAUACACAAUAAUAAUUCAGUGGGCACACCCUCUGCCAUUCUCAAUACAGAACCUGAACAAAACAAGGAAGUGGCUGCAAAAGUUUCACUGCGAGCUGAGCAAAGCACAGCUGUACAGGGCCAGGUGCCAUUAGAAGCUGGUUUGUCUGCAGACAGGCAGAAGACAUUUGGCUCUGGAGAGUGCAGCUUGCCAUUGCCGGCAGGGACAAACAAAACUGAAGCUGACCCAGAACAAGAUGGACCUGGGGCUUGUGACAGGGAACAGACAGUGGCUGCAAAACCUGAAGUAAAGGAGAUUCAGUCUAAAAGGGACUCCUCCUCUUGUGAAGAGAGUGGAAAUGUAACUGUGGGUUCCAGAGAGGAGGCUGCCCAGGAUCCUUCUGUGUUGGGGACAAAGGAGAUAUCUAAUGACCACAAGGAUGUUCUGGUACAGAAAAACAUGGCAGACCAAGAGAAUGAUAUAAUCUUGGGCCUACCAGGAGCUCCACCAGAAGGGGAGAUCCUGGAGAAGGAAACUGUAAUCACAGAAAUGCUGCCUGCUAGUAAGGAGCAAGGGGAGGCAGAUGAAACCGUCUCCAUAGUAAGGCAUCUGAAGGAAGCAGAGGUAGACAGCAUGGUGCCAAGGGUGUUACUGCAGCCUAUUGCCGAAGAGCUGCUGCCCUGUGAGAACGAUGUCACUGGGGACACGGUGCCCUUGGCAGGUGAGGGUGACACCACAUCUUGUGUGGACAAAACCAAGGAAGCCUUGCUUGAUGGGGAUGGGGCUGAACAAAAGACAGGCUCCCAAGAUGUUCCAUUUCAGAGUCUGCCUACUCAGGCCAAUGCCACAGAUUCACUGGAGAGAGAAAACCUGAUAGAGAAGGCUGCCAACCAUUUGGUGGAUACUAUUCUUGAAAAAGUGAGAGCUGCAGGUGGGGUGGUCACCAUGGGAGAGAGCAGUAGCCCUCCACAGUGCGAUGCUCCUGAGCCAAACCCUGUUACUGAGGAGCUACAGAAAGGUGCUGCUGAGGAAGGGCCAUGGAUGACUCCAGGAGGUGGACCUACUAAAGGAGAAUCAGUUGUAAGCUCAGAAGCAUGGACAACCAAAGGAGAAGAGCAGGGAAAGGUACCUGGACACUCCCAAGAGCCUGAACCUGUGGCAGAAAUGCCAGACUUGAAAGCAGAAGAUGAAGUGGAUUUUCUGGAUAAUUCCAGGGAGGACUCAAUUUCUGAAGAAAUGGAUGUAGCUAAGCACAAGACAAAGCACAGGAUAAAUACACAGAUGAUAAACCGGGAAAGCUGGUGUACGAUAGAGCCAUGCCCAGAUCCAUCACUGUUGGCUUCCAAACAGAACCCAGAAUGUGAGAACUUCUUGGAAGUUGGACUGGGUGGAGAGUGUGCCUCAUCCCAGGAUGUACUUAAAAGACAAUCUGGCAGUGAUUCUGACCUCUUCCCUUCGCCCAGUGAUGAAAUGGACGACAGCAUUAUCUUUACAAAGCCUGAAGAGGAGCAAUCAGUCUGUGAUAUCACUGGGUCCAGCUCUUCCACAGAUGACACAGCCUCCCUGGACCGGCACUCUUCCCAUGGCAGUGACAUCUCCCUCCCCCAAAUUCGGAACCUAAACAGGACCAAGGAUCGGCAGAGCCUCGAUGGGUUCUAUAGCCACACGGUAGGAAUUGAGGGACGGGAAAGUGAGAGUGAACCUGCUGGCUCAGGUGAAAUGGAAGAAGAGGAGAUGGACAGCAUCACCGAAGUGCCCACAAACUGCUCUGUCCUGAGAAGCUCUAUGCGUUCUCUGUCCCCUUUCCGGAGACACAGCUGGGGACCAGGAAAAAAUGCUGCCAGUGAUGCUGAGAUGAAUCACCGAAGUUUCAGUUUAGAAGGCCUAUCUGGAGGAGCUGGGGACAACAGUAAGCCAUCGUCAGCUUUGGAUGCCAACUCCGCGAGCUCAAAAGAGCUGAGGCGAAGUCCCUUCAGUGGCGAGGAACGUGGUGACUCUUUGGUGUCACUCACCGAAGAGGACCUAGAGUUAGACCAGAGAGAGCACAGCAUGUUUGACCAUAAGCCACGCCAGAGAUCCAAGCAACAGGGGUUUAAUUAUUGUACAUCGGCCAUUUCUUCUCCACUGACAAAAUCCAUCUCAUUAAUGACAAUUAGUCAUCCUGGACUGGACAAUUCACGACCCUUCCACAAUACCAGCGCUAAUUUGACUGAAAGUGUAACUGAACAGGUCUUCAGGUUUCCUCCACAGAGCCCCUUCAAGAAAUAUCCUGAAGAGAAAAGUGUAACAAAAGUCAGUCGCACUUUCAGCUACAUCAAGAAUAAAAUGUCCAGCAGUAAGAAGAGCAAAGAGAAGGAGAAGGACAAAGAUAAGAUUAAGGAGAAAGAUAAAGACUCCAAAGAGAAAGAGAAGGACAAGAAGACGUUGAAUGGACAUACAUUUGCUUCCAUCCCUGUUGUGGGGCCAAUCAAUUGCAGCCAGUGUAUGAAAGCUUUUACCAACAAAGAUGCUUACACGUGUGCAAAUUGCGGUGCUUUUGUCCACAAAGGCUGUAGAGAAAGUCUGGCUUCUUGUGCAAAGGUAAAAAUGAAGCAACCCAAAGGAAGCCUUCAGGCCCAUGACACCUCAUCGCUUCCCACAGUCAUUAUGAGGAAUAAACCCUCCCAACCCAAAGAGCGUCCUCGCUCUGCAAUUCUUGUGCCUGAUGAGACCUCUGUGGCCCCAUUGUUCUCUAACCGGCGGUCGCAGCAGUGUGCCUCACUUUCCAAAAGUGUCUCUAUACAGAAUAUUGCUGGAGUUGGCAAUGAUGAGAGCAUGGCAAACACCUGGAAAUUCCUGUCCCAUUCAACAGACUCUCUGAAUAAAAUCAGCAAGGUCAAUGAGUCCACAGAGUCACUCACUGAUGAGGGUACUGAUAUGAAUGAAGGACAACUCAUGGGAGAUUUUGAAAUGGAUUCCAAACAGCUGGAGGCAGAAUCCUGGAGCCGGGUAGUAGAUAGCAAGUUUUUGAAACAACAAAAGAAGGAUAUAGUCAAGCGGCAAGAAGUGAUUUAUGAGUUGAUGCAGACAGAAUUACAUCACCUCCGCACUCUGAAGAUCAUGAAUGAUGUGUACAGCCGAGGAAUGAUGACAGACCUACUCUUUGAGCAGCAAAUGGUGGAAAAGCUGUUCCCUUGUUUGGAUGAGCUCCUCAGUAUCCACAGCCAGUUCUUUCAGAGAAUUCUGGAAAGAAAGAAGGAAUCCUUGGUGGAAAAAAGUGAAAAGAAUUUUCUCAUCAAAAGGAUAGGAGAUAUCCUUGUGAAUCAGUUUUCAGGUGAGAAUGCAGAGCGCCUAAAGAAAACGUAUGGCAAAUUCUGUGGUCAGCACAACCAGUCUGUGAACUAUUUCAAAGACCUUCACACUAAGGAUAAACGUUUUCAGGCCUUUGUAAAGAAGAAGAUGAGCAGUGCAGUUGUCAGGAGGUUGGGUAUCCCAGAAUGCAUUUUACUUGUAACCCAGCGCAUUACCAAAUAUCCAGUUUUGUUACAAAGAAUAUUACAGUGUACCAAAGAAAAUGACUUAGAACAGGAAGAUCUGGCCCAAUCCCUGAGCCUGGUGAAAGAUGUGAUUGGAGCAGUGGACAGCAAAGUCGCAAAUUAUGAAAAGAAAGUCCGUCUCAAUGAGAUUUACACCAAGACAGACAGCAAGUCGAUCAUGAGGAUGAAGAGUGGACAGAUGUUUGCCAAGGAAGAUUUGAAACGAAAAAAGCUUGUUCGAGAUGGGAGUCUUUUCCUGAGGAAUUCAGCAGGGAGGUUGAAAGAGGUCCAGGCAGUUCUACUCACUGACAUUCUGGUUUUUCUUCAAGAAAAAGACCAGAAGUAUGUCUUUGCAUCACUGGACCACAAAUCAACAGUGAUCUCAUUAAAGAAGUUGAUUGUACGAGAAGUAGCCCACGAAGAGAAGGGCUUAUUCCUAAUCAGUAUGGGAAUGAAGGAUCCAGAGAUGGUUGAAGUCCACGCCAGCUCUAAGGAGGAGCGAAACAGUUGGAUUCAAAUCAUUCAAGAUACUAUCAAUGCCCUGAACAGAGACGAAGAUGAAGGAAUCCCCAGUGAAAAUGAAGAAGAAAAGAAAUUGUUAGAUGCGAAAGCCCGAGAAUUAAAAGAGCAACUCCAACAGAAAGAUCAGCAGAUCUUAACUCUGUUGGAGGAAAAGGAAAUGAUUUUCCGAGAUAUGACAGACUGCAGUACGCCUUUAUCAGAAGACAGUUCACCAACUCAUGGCUCCAGGGUACUGUUCAGGUCCAACACUGAAGAGGUUCCCAAAGGAGGGCCCAUCAUGAAAAGUGCAAUAAAUGAAGUGGAGAUGCUACAGGGCCUGGUGAGUGGCAGCCUUGGGGGCUCACUUGGACAGUCUGUCAGCAGCACCUUGGAGCAAGAAGGAGGAAUAGUUGGCCCAGUUUCUUUACCUAGGAGAGCAGAAACCUUUGGAGGGUUUGACAGCCAUCAGAUGAAUGCCUCAAAAGGUGGUGGUGAGAAGGAAGAUGGAGAUGAUGGCCAAGAUCUUCGGAGGACAGAAUCGGACAGUGGUCUAAAAAAGGGUGGAAAUGCCAAUGUGGUAUUUGUGUUGAAAAGAAACAGCGAGCAAGUUAUCCAGAGUAUCGUUCAUCUGCAUGAACUUCUUAGUGCUCUGCAGGGUGUGGUGUUACAGCAGGAUAGCUACAUUGAGGACCAAAAGUUGAUGCUCAGUGAGAGGGCAAUAACCCGAAGCUCUUCCAGACCGAACUCUCUGAUUGAGCAAGAAAAGCAGAGGAGCCUAGAAAAGCAGCGACAGGAUCUGGCCAAUCUGCAGAAGCAGCAGGCACAGCACCUGGAAGAGAAACGCAGACGGGAGAAAGAAUGGGAUGCCCGUGAGAAAGAGCUGAUGGAGCGGGAAACACGGCUGACGCAGUGGGAGGACAAAGUCCAGAGGGGUCAGCAGGACCUGGAUAAGGAUCGAGAAGAGCUCCAGCAAAAGAAAGCAGCAUAUCAGUCUGACCUGGAGCGGCUCCGAGCCGCCCAGAAGCAGCUCGAGAAGGAACAAGAGCAAGUGAAGAGGGAGAUGGAGAGGUUAACCCAAAGGCAGGUGGAGCAUGAUGCCAACCAGGUUUCCCAUCAACACGGUAAAUUGAUGCGGAUCCCAGCCUUCUUCCCCAACCCGGAGGAGCCUUCCCAGCUAACAGCGUCUCCCAUAUCACAGUCAGGGUCUUUGGACUCAGAACUUUCGAUAUCCCCCAAAAGGAACAGCAUCUCUCGGACACACAAAGACAAAGGUCCAUUCCACUUACUCAGUUCCGCCAGCCAAGCAAGUAAAGUAUCGGAGGGGCAGAGCCAAAUCCCGGUCUCCACCUCCACCUCCACACGCCUUUUUGGUUUAUCGAAGCCAAAGGAGAAGAAGGAGAAGAAGAAGAAGAGCAGUAAGGGAGGCCGUUCUCAGCCAGGUGAUGGCCAUUCACCUGAAACGCCAGCAGAGGGUGAAGAAAUCUUCUGCUGAUGGUUGAAUUUUUUAUUCUACCAAGAUAGAAACUAUUGGAAUCUGACACACCAUCAUCACCAGCUCUGCCUUCUCCACUGCUAGCACAUGGGCUUUACACGAUGGGAACUUUCCUUCUCUUUGUUGUUAAGAAACACAUGACAGUGCUCUCCUGGAUCCUGGAUCUGAUGGAAAUAAAUUGAGUUUGGGGGCAGGGAGGGGACCCAGUCUGCUUUGGCCGUGACUUGUGAAUACCAAGGACUUGAGGGUGGUGGGGGUGGGCAUACUCUGCCCAGGGUGUAAACAGCUAUCACCAGCACCCUGGGAGGUCAGGAGGAUGUUAGAAGUAUGGAAGCAUACAUGCCUCUAAAUUUAUUUUGUCUGGGGAAGACAGCUGACAAACAGAGCAUGCCAUUUGGUCCUUGCAGUGUGUCCUGUAUGUAUGAACACAUGUAUAGAUUUCAUGUGUAUAUACAUAUACCUGUGAGUUGUGCAUACCAUGUAGAGAGAAGUUGGGUUAGCUUAGCUCAGCCCAAAGGGAAAGAUACCUGAUGAUUAUCAGGUAGCAUGUAGAUAUUAAAUAUCUCACCCUUUGCUUGCCCUUUCUCCCCAUUCCUUGUGCGCAUCCUUCCUGUUUUGCAUGCAUUUCUUCAUUUUAGGAGGGAGGUCUGACUAUGGUAUGAAAAGAGAGGGGGAAGAGCCUUGUAUUUGAAGGGGGGUGUAUUGUGCAGCACCUGGAUAUGAACGGUUUGCUGGGAUCCCCAAAGGAUGGUAUUCACCUCCAUCCUUAUAUUCCAGAGAGGUUUAGAAAAAUGAAAACUCAUCAGUUGGCUUUCCAAAGCAUUUGUCUGCACAGAUGGCACAUAGAGUUCUCACCUACCAAGGGAACACAUCCUGUGUCAGCUUUAAUUUUCUGAGCAAGAAGACAUUUGUUUAUUUGUCACUGAUUAUUCAAAUCUGGUUGACAGCUCCUGAAACUAUUUCUGAGAACCUUCCAAGCGAAGCAGCUAAUGUUUCCGAUCCUAAUAAGUAUAACUGGACCGGAUGACAGUCUUUUGCUCCAAAAGAGUAUAAUGACUGUCUUGUCAGCAUUCAAAAUCAGCAGCCACUCACUUGCUCUCUAAGCCUGACUUUUGCAAUGAAGUGUAGUAGCAUCAAAGACAGGCACCACCUGUACUUUGUUCCAGCUGUAUGUAUUCCUCUCCCAGCCCCACGCCAUGAGUAUCAGCUGGCUACCAGAGGGCUCUGGGCCUCGCAACUAAAGACAGACACAUUGGCAUUUGUGAGCCCAUGUAUUGGCAUUUCAUGAAUAAAGAUAAGAAAGGGGCUGACAGAAAAAGAAAAAAAAUACGUGGUUUCUGAGCUCAAUGUUUCACAGGGUUCUUCAGGAGAUUCCAGCACAUUUUAAAUUGUUAAGAAUGAAAAAGAAAGGAGGAAAAGAAGGUAGAGGACAAAUGAAUGGCUGUUGUCUCCUUAUUACUUUGGAGUAAAUAAUCAUACCUGCUGCUUUUUUUCCACUGUGUUUUGAUUUGUAUUUGCUUGAAGCUUUCCCACUAGCUGUUCUGUUGAGGACAGCUCAUUGGCUAUGUUUUUUUUUCUUUUUUUUUUCCCCUCCAAAUCAGCCACAGCAGUAGCCUUUGAAGGCUCCACACGAAGUAUGUGGUCCCGUCAUGUAGGAGGCCUGCAAGAUAAUUCUGUUCUUCAAGUGAGGUCCUUGUCACCCAUUUUCCCUCAGGAGCAUGGGGGCUUUGAAAGUACUUUUUUUUUUCUUUUCUUUUUUAAACAAAACUAUUAUUUGGUGCUUGUUAAUGAAAUGCAAGCUGGCCUUGCAGAUUGGAGAUAUUUAUCUUUCUGUUUUUUUGAAAGAGGUCUGGUUUAAAAAAAUUUUAGUUUAGUUUUAUUUAUUUUAUUUUUUUUAAGGAUAUACAUAAUAUCCCAAUGGUUAGAACUCUGUCUCACUAUUGCAGAAAGUGAGAUGAUACCACUUCUCACUCCUCAGCGUGCUACUUAAAAUGAGUAAAUCUUUCACCUGGGGCUGCCUUUAAGGCCAAGUAACUGAAGAUGAAAAUGAAGAGGGAAAAGGGAAGACUUGUACUCCUUUCCUUCUUCCUUCCCAUCUCUCCCUUCUCCAUUUCUAAACGAAGAGAAAAAGGACUAUCUUGUUUCUUGGGUUAAGAAUUCGAGAAACUUGCCACCUCUUAACUCUGUUUAUUCACUCUGACUUCUUGUGCUUUCCUGCCCUUCUGACCCAGGGAUAUAAAAGCAAAUCUGUUCUGUGAUCUCUUCAACAAGAAUUCACCAAAAAAAAUCCAAAAAGCAAAGUACUUCAUUCCCCUUGCACCCUUAGGUUACAGAAUAUUUGUUAAGGGGAGAUUUUUGAGCCCCAACAAAGUAACCCUUAUCAAAUCCACUAUUACAGAACUUGUCUCUUUUUUUUUUCCUGCUAGCUAAAUGAGUCCAACAGUUUACCUAGCCCCGUAGUAUCUUGAUCUCCCAUAAAUAGGAUAGUGUGGUCUGAGAAGGACAGAAGAGUAGAAAGAACUCAGUUCUCCACUGGGCGGCUUCAGCCCCAAUGUAAAUACAACUACAGUAUGUGCAAUAUUGAAUGAAAUUGACAUUUCUAUAGCUCCUCUGUAUCAAGGUGUGUAUGUAUAGUAAGCUGUCCGUAUACCCCCACCCCCACCCACAUACUCCUCAAGGCAGAUCUGGGUUUAAAACGAAAAAAGUGUUAGUACUGAUCAAAUUUCUCGAAUGGACUGUUCUAAACAGAAAUGCUUUUAAAUUAUACAUUGCUGCACAAUUGGAUCUAGUUUGAUUUGAAAGUCCCCAUCUAGUUGUAAUAUUUUAUUUCUUUUAUUUAGGCAAUGGGGCCUUUUUUUUUUUUUAAACUUAAAACCACUGAUUUUGGUUCUUGUUAGAUAGGUUUAGAACCAGGACGCAGGUAUGUAGUCUCCCGGCACUUUACCCAGAGUUACCCAAUUUCAUACAUGAUUCCAAUUGCUGUGUUAAGGGAAGUCCACUUACCCAGAGCAUCCACUUCUGUGCGCCUUGGUCAUCUCUUAGGCCCUUUGAAAUGGAACUCUCAGUGGUUUCACUCUGAGCUUAGAGAAUGAAUUUGCUGCUUAUGUUCUUUUUUACUUGGUGUUAAAUUGACCUUGAGAUCAGAUCCUGGUUGUUAAAAACAAUGGAAGGAAGUUGGACUGACCCCCAUCUGGCUUCCUAUGCUGUGACAAGGGUUAGUUUUUAUGGUGACUUGGUUUUGAGGUUCUACAGUUUUCCUUGCCCCUGGUAAAGGAUGAAAUACUUCCCUACUAGGAGAAAGCAAAGAUGCCGAAGGGGGAUUGGUUAUCAGAUUGUCAGAGUAUUUGGGAUAGUAACCUUACAGAUAAUAGUGCCUAGUUUUCCAGAAUCAAGUGGAUUUCAUGGAAUCAGGUUUUACCUUCAGUUAAACAUUAAAUUAUCAUCUCGGUAAUUUUUAUCACAGUUUAUAAUGCCAUAUGCACUUUAAAAUCUCUUGUCAGUAGCUUGAUCAUGAGACAAUCAGAUUUAUAAUCAUUUUUUUCUUUGAAAUUAAGGUUAGAAACUGCCAAAGCCAGAAAUGCUGCAGACAAUUCAACUUUUGCCAACACUUUUACCCCUCUCUGCCCCCUAUGUGAGCUUGUGGGGACAGAAUCAGUCUCAAAAAACCAUUCACUGUUUGAGUCCAAAGGAAAGAAGAGGUAAACUUACAUACUUUUUGUCUUUCAUGUCUCGGGGUAAUACCACUGACAAGUUAUCCCUUUGAUAACUGUCCUUUCUUCCCUGCCCACCACCCCCACACCCCACUCCCAAUCCAUGAUCCUUUUCAGGAGUUCAGUAUAGUAUUAAAGAAGGGUAUAAAGGCCAGGUAGUUUUUGUUUGUUAUUAAAAUUAAAUCUGUGCUCCAUCAAACGAGUUAAGACUGAUGAUCUAGGAGCACAUUCUUUGCUCCAGGGAUUAUAUUACCUGUAGAAGUACUUUGUAUCUUAUCUUCUUUUAGAUUAUGGCCCCUCAGAUUCUUUCUCUUGCCUCCCAAGGAUUCUUAAUGUGUGUUAGAGCAAAAAUACUAUGAAACAAGUGAAUAAAAGGAGAGGCAGUUAGAUUGAGAAGGGGGCACUUAAGCCCCCUAAAAAGUUAUCUUUAAUCCCCCAAACACUUUGCAUUUCCUAGUAGAUGAAGGCGGCAAGUCAAGACCUAACCAUUAUUAAUACUGCAGAGCACGUUGUGGAAAGAUAACAGGGAAGGGACCAAAUGGUUGGAGGAAGGAGAGACUAAAAGAAUUCUAUUUUAUUCUCUAGUGAGCUUCAAUAACCUUUCUACAUUCCUAUGUAGCAAGAAGCCACCUUCCAAAAAAAAAGAUUUUCACCAAGGCAAAAUUCCAUACACUGUGCCAGUGAAACAGUUUGCAAUCUGUAUGGUCUGACCUCCUAAAUCUUAAGAGUCCUUGAAAUCUGUAAACACAGAAAUAGUCAUUCAGAUUACAGUUUUAACAUAAAGGAAAAUGUUGGGUGACAGUAAGUGAGGGAGGUAUGAGGUUUCUUUAAUUAGCAGGGCCAUUUUGGAAUCUGUUGUAGAAUUUGAUCAAAUACACCGUUUCUCAACGAGUUAUUUCAAAGGCUGCACAUUUGUUCUGAUUUAUGUUCAUUAUGUGGAAAGGAUCGUAAGGUGUUUGUUUCAGGGUUUUGUUUUUGUUUUUUAAUGUAGCAUAACAUUCCUAGUUAACCAGAGCUCUGGAAUCUGCCACCUGCUGGCCAGGUUUAUAAAAUAAAAAAAAAAUAUGCCGCCUUUAAAUUUAAAAAAAAAAAAGGCACUUUUCCAAGUGCUGAUCUUAUUUCACUUGCUAGAAGAACAGGCCAUGAUUCCUUCUUUUCCCCAUCAAUGUAGCUGAGUCUAAGGACAGGCAAACUGAACUGGCUUAUAACCUCUCCAGCUGUGGAAAAAUUAGAAGCCUUCUAUAGAAAAUUGAAUACUGAAAACCAGCCCAUAAAAUGCAUUUUUCAUCAUCUUCAUCUUCAAAAAAAGGCCCACCCCUACAUCAAUUUAUACCUUAAAAUCUUGUUAAAAUUCUUUCAUUCCUAGAUCUUGGGCCCAAUUUUAAUCUUUUUGUAAUAGGUGGGCACUAUGUGGUAAUAGGUGGGUAUACCAUACCAAGAUGCUAUGUGGUAGUGACUAUUACUAUUCUCUGCCUUUUUUUCAACUAUGUAAUGGUGGUUAUAAAGCACUGACAAAGGGCUAUGUCCAGUUCAGUUUGUCUGUGGUUAAAGUUUAGCCUUGUGGUUUCCUAUGUUUUCUUUUACUGAUAUGGAGUGCACUAGCAUAUGCCACCGAAUGUUCAAGAGGGUAGCUGUAAUACACCUCAUACCUCUGCUUUCAGUUUAUUUUUUGUAAUGCUUAUAUAAGCAUUUACCUUGCUAGAUUCUAUUAAAAAAAAAAGUCGGGUUAAAACCCACUCGCUGUAUGUUAAUUUGUAAUUAUUGUAAAGUAAAGCAGUAAAAAAUGUAAAGUUUUGGGGGUUUUUUUUUUCAGUGUGUCUUCUGGGGGUUUGCUGAAGUACACUGACUUUGUAACAAGCUUUUAUUUAUCUUCCUUUCUAGUUAUCAGCUUAAAAACUCUUGUAAAGUUCUCCCUCCCCCACCUCAGAAAUAAAUAAAUAAAAAUUUUCUUUUGAGUCUG